GUUCUCAUCGGCACAACGGGGAGUGCUUUUUUGGGUGUUUGAGGGCGCCUCGUGGAGCUCCGGGCACCUCUUUUCGCCCCUCCGUUCGGUUUAAUGUGUCAGGCCGGCGUUGGCUGCCCUCACCACCUGGAUAUUAUUUAUAACCGACAAGAAAAUUGGAUGGGACGGAGGCACGAGCAAGACAAUCCCGGAAAUAACAUGCGUACUCUCAGCCUGUCACGUACGCUCGCUGAGGAUUUGCAUUGCUGUAGGCUGCCGUAGAAAUGCCCUACACGCUCUCAGAAUGUACAUUAGACGGGGACAAACAAACACGCCGCUUCAGAGUAUUUAAACGAGAGAAAUGGGAGGAAUGAAGGGCAGCAGAGGAGGACUUGGUCAUGAAACUUCUAUUGGUUGCGCCAGGGCUCUUCUCCCUCAGAGAAAGCAGCAUCGGCUCAGCUAGAAAAUGAGGCGAGGACGUGGAGUACGUGCGCAUCCAGCAGAUGACGAGAUGAAAUGGAGAGUUUGGAACAGACGGACCUUGUAAACCCAUCCCGCGGAUCCGUCGCUGUUUCAGACUCGCAGGACAGCGGAGCGAACAGCAAGCAGUUUGUCAGUGGACCGGCAGAGAUUCACCACACACACCGGGCGGACAUGGGGCUUAACGGCUUACGUACGGCGCCGGUCGGGAGUCCAACCGCGGCGGAGUUACUCGCGGAUCUAGCCUCUCAGACUGACUCCCCGGGAAUCACAACCCCGACGAAGCAGUCCAAAACCGGCCUACCACUCUACAACGGUAGGGUUGUGUCUCCUUCUGCAACUGUGGAGGGUAACCACUCGGGUGUUUUGGCUCAGACACCAAAUGGUUACCCUGCACAAGAAAAGGGGGUGGAGGGGCAAACGGAAGGCCCGGGGUACCCCCUCACCAGCAGAGCUUGCCUAAUGGAGAAUGGGGACUGGACUGCUUCUGAGAAGUGCCCAGCAGUAACACGGAGACUCAAUGGUGACUUAAAAACCAGACAGGCACAACAACAAAAAAAGAGAUCUGGGGAGAAUAGGGAGGUGGGGCCCGAGACUGUUAAUGGCCCGAGUGUGGGUUCACCUGGGCCAGGAAGUUCUGUAGACUCGGUUUUUGCUUCAGGAGACUCGGACUGUAAGCGGAGAAGGUUGUUAGAUGGAAACGUUGCAAACAAAUCCUCAGAAGCCACCAGAGUGGCUCGAGCAGUUGCCCCUCUCACAGUUGCUGUCAACUGUGGCAACAGUCCCCAUUGCAACCAGUCUGCUUCCUUAACUCCCGCUGCCCCUCAUGCUAAUCAGCACAGUGGACAUAAAGUGGCCCCUUCAGGCCCACCAGCUACCCGUAACCCCCCACUUCCUGCAGGAGCUGGCUGGUCAGCAGAGCGCAUAGCCAAGCAGUACAUCGUCCCAUGUAUGAAGUAUUAUGGCAUUUGUGUAAAGGACAACUUUCUGGGCACCCAGGUGGGUGACAGGGUCCUGGAGGAGGUGGAGAUUCUGAAUCAAAGUGGGAAAUUUCGUGGCGGGCAGCUGGUGAGCCAGAAGAACAUUCCUUCUCUGAACAUCCGGGGCGACCAGAUCGCCUGGGUGGAGGGAAAAGAGCCCGGGUGCGAGAACAUCGGAGUGCUGAUGGCUCACAUUGAUGAGGCCGUCAUGUACAGCUCUGCCAAUGGACAGCUGGGGAACUGCGUCAUCAAUGGACGCACUAAGGCCAUGGUUGCCUGUUACCCAGGUAACGGGGCAGGGUACGUGCGCCACGUUGACAACCCCAAUGGUGAUGGACGCUGCAUCACCUGUAUCUACUAUCUUAACAAGAACUGGGAUGCCAAGAAACAAGGGGGGUUGCUGCAGAUCUAUCCUGAAGGCAAAAAUGUGGUAGCCAAAGUUGAACCUCUUUUUGACCGGCUGCUCAUCUUCUGGUCUGACCGCAGGAACCCACAUGAAGUUAGGCCAGCCUACUCAACUCGUUAUGCUAUCACAGUCUGGUACUUUGAUGCCAAAGAGAGAGCAGAAGCUAAAGAGAAAUACCGAUUGGCAACAGGACAGAAAGGUGUUCAAGUGCCUGUCACUCAAAACAGCAGAACAUAAAUCUCAUCUAAUGACUGAAGAGCACUCUCCAAGCAUUACGUGCCUUCCUUAACUGCUAAUGGACGUUGUGAUCAUGAAGGGAGCCGCCAUUAAACUGUUGUUCAUCACUGCAGCUCCACAGCGCUCUCCGAGCGUCAGCUGUCACAUUCGCAUCACAGGCUGUGAUGUAACAUUUUCCUGCCGUGUGACUGGGCCGAUCAAAGAUCUGGCAGAAAUAUAGAGCACAGUGGACUGGAUUUUAUGGCAAAGGUCAGAUUCGCGCGUCAUGGAAGAAGAAGGAAAAAAAAUUACUCGAUCGCCUAUGAAGACGGCAAGCUGAAAAACUUUAUUGCAGUUUUGCCUGCUUAGUUAUCAGUGAUGGAAGUGUUGAGGUUAUCAAUGUUUUUACUCCACUCCGGUGUAUUUUUCAAGACAAACACAAUGAGCAUAAGUGGUAAAUCAAUGGACAGGCAGAAGGGAAAGGGGGUGCAAGCAGUAGAAAUCGAUGCCAUGAGAUUCCUUCUUCCCUUCUUGACUGUGAGAUGGUGCCCUUGUCUCAUGAUCCGGACAAGACAAAAGAAAUGGGCCUUGAUGUGGCAACAAGUGGCUGUCAGCCAUGAUGCAAUGGACAGUUGCUCUGUGGCACUCGUUCAGUCAGUCCUGGCUGAAGGACUAAUCCUUGCAUGAGGACGGCUCUACACGGUAGUUUUACACUGUAUAGCACACUAUGUAGAGAUCAUAAAGUGCGGGCUCUUUUGCAACAGUGAUGUUAAUGGAGUGAAAAUGAGAAU